AGCCAGUUUUACAAGGGCUGAUUCACUUUUGAAGUAAUGCGGACAGAUUCUCAGAGCUGCGUAUUACAUCAGCUGGAAGCAGCAGUGGAUCUUAAGGGUCACCUAAGUCGGAACUCGUAUUAACGAGGAGAAUGGGAGUCUGCUUAGAUAAAGAUGCCGAUAUCCGGGACAUGAAGAGGAUCUGUCUCUGUUUUCUGAUUGUGUGUAUGGCCGUUUUAGUAGGCACCGAUCAGGAUUUUUACAGUCUACUGGGAGUGUCUAAAACCGCAAGCAGCAGAGAAAUCAGACAAGCUUUCAAGAAGUUGGCAUUGAAAUUACAUCCUGAUAAAAAUCCAAAUAACCCAAAUGCACAUGGUGACUUUUUAAGAAUAAAUAGAGCAUAUGAAGUACUCAAAGAUGAAGAUCUGCGAAAAAAGUAUGACAAGUAUGGAGAAAAAGGACUUGAAGAUAAUCAAGGUGGCCAGUAUGAAAGCUGGAACUAUUAUCGUUAUGAUUUUGGUAUUUAUGAUGAUGAUCCUGAAAUCAUAACAUUAGAAAGAAGAGAAUUUGAUGCUGCUGUGAACUCCGGAGAACUGUGGUUUGUCAACUUCUACUCCCCAGGAUGUUCACACUGUCAUGAUUUAGCUCCUACCUGGAGAGACUUUGCUAAAGAAGUGGAUGGAUUACUUCGGAUUGGAGCUGUUAACUGUGGCGAUGACAGAAUGCUUUGCCGGAUGAAAGGAGUCACCAGUUACCCCAGCCUCUUCAUUUUUAGAUCUGGAAUGGCUACAGUGAAGUAUCAUGGAGACAGAUCAAAAGAAAGCUUGGUGAAUUUUGCCAUGCAGCAUGUGAAAACCACAGUGACAGAACUAUCAACAGGAAAUUUUGUUAACUCUAUACAGACUGCUUUUGCUGCUGGUAUUGGCUGGCUCAUCACUUUCUGUUCCACAGGAGGAGAUUGUUUGACUUCACAGACACGACUGAGGCUUAGCGGCAUGUUGGAAGGUCUAGUUAAUGUAGGGUGGAUGGACUGUGCCACCCAGGAAAACCUUUGCAAAAGUUUGGAUAUCACAACAAGCACUACGGCUUACUUUCCUCCUGGAGCCACUUUAAACAACAAAGAGAAAAACAGUGUUUUGUUUCUUAAUUCAUUGGAUGCUAAAGAAAUUUAUUUGGAAAUAAUACGAAAUCUUCCAGACUUUGAAUUGCUUUCAGCGAGCACAUUAGAGGAUCGCUUGGCACAUCAUCGAUGGCUCUUAUUUUUUCAGUUUGGGAAAAAUGGAAAUUCAGAUGAUCCUGAGUUGAAAAAACUAAAAACUCUACUUAAAAAUGAUCAUAUUCAAGUUGGCAGGUUUGACUGUUCUUCUGCCCCAGACAUCUGUAGCAGUCUUUACGUUUUCCAGCCAUGCCUAGCAGUAUUUAAAGGACAGGGAACCAAAGAGUAUGAAUUCCAUCAUGGAAAGAAGAUUCUAUAUGAUAUACUUGCCUUUGCCAAAGAAAGUAUUAAUUCUCAUGUGACUACACUUGGACCUCAAAAUUUUCCUGCCAAUGACAAAGAACCAUGGCUUGUUGAUUUUUUUGCCCCUUGGUGUCCGCCAUGUCGAGCUUUACUGCCAGAGUUAAGAAAAGCCUCAACACUUCUUUAUGGACAGCUGAAGUUUGGUACGCUGGAUUGUACAAUUCAUGAGGGACUCUGUAACAUGUAUAAUAUUCAGGCUUAUCCAACAACAGUGGUAUUCAACCAAUCCAACAUUCAUGAGUAUGAAGGGCAUCAUUCUGCUGAACAGAUCUUGGAGUUCAUAGAGGACCUUAGGAAUCCUUCUGUGGUCUCCCUUACACCUACUACUUUCAAUGAACUAGUUAAAAACCGAAAAUAUGAUGAAGUUUGGAUGGUUGACUUCUAUUCUCCAUGGUGUCAUCCAUGUCAAGUGCUGAUGCCGGAAUGGAAGAGAAUGGCUCGGACACUAAAUGGACUGCUAAGUGUGGGCAGUGUGGACUGCCAACAGUACCAUUCUUUCUGUACUCAAGAGAAUGUUCAGAGAUACCCUGAGAUAAGGCUUUUUCCACAAAAAUCAAAUAAAGGCUUUCAGUAUCAUAGCUACAAAGGUUGGAAUAGGGAUGCUUAUUCCCUAAGAAUCUGGGGUCUAGGAUUUUUACCUCAAGUGUCCAUUGAUUUAACACCGCAGACUUUCCAGGACAAAGUUUUACAAGGGAAAAGCCACUGGGUAGUUGAUUUCUAUGCUCCUUGGUGUGGACCUUGCCAGAAUUUUGCUCCAGAAUUUGAGCUCUUGGCUAGGUUAAUUAAAGGAAAAGUGAAAGCUGGCAAGGUAGACUGCCAGGCUUAUGGGCAUACAUGCCAAAAAGCUAACAUCAAAGCUUACCCAACUGUGAAACUGUAUCUCUAUGACAGAAAAAAGAGGAAUAUUUUGGAAGAACAAAUACCUUCUAGAGAUGCAAAAGCAAUUGCUGACUUAAUAGAUGGAAAACUGGAAAUGCUCCAAAAUCAAGGGAAGCGAGAUAAGGAUGAACUUUGAAGAUAAAGAAAAAAUAAGCACUGCUCAGAAGAUAGAAUGUUAAUACAUUCACGGUGGA